UCGGCUCGGAAAGCCCCUUGCCAUAAUAGGCCAGGAGAGGAGGGGGAUUUGGUCCCGAGCCCACCCAAUAGCAGCAGCAAGAAAGCUAACAAAAGGCGCCGAGAGAAGGCAACCUUUUACCUUUUCCCUAUCUUCUAUCUAUCCCUAAUCUUCCUUCCCAUUCUUCUCGUCAGUCUCUCCUCGACUACUGCCGCAGCCAUGUCGCCACCAGGUCCCGUUAUCGAAGCCGUCGAGCCUGAGACCACCGAGGUGGUCGCCGCCGCCGCCGAGGAGGAGAAGACUCAGCAGAAGCUCACUCCUUCUCAGAGCGACGAGCCCGUCGUGGAGGACGUAAAGGAAGAAGACGAUGACGACGAUGAAGAUGACGACGACGAUGAUGAUGACAAGGACGACGGCUCUCCAGGUGCUAAUGGGAGCUCGAAGCAAAGCAGAAGUGAGAAGAAGAGCCGCAAGGCAAUGCUGAAGCUUGGCAUGAAACCUGUUACUGGUGUUAGCAGGGUCACCAUUAAGAGAACCAAGAACAUACUAUUUUUCAUCUCCAAGCCAGAUGUGUUCAAGAGCCCCAACUCCGACACCUAUAUCAUAUUUGGUGAGGCCAAGAUUGAAGACUUGAGCUCACAGCUGCAGACACAGGCAGCCCAGCAGUUCAGGAUGCCUGACAUGUCUUCCAUGCUACCGAAAUCUGAUCCAGCUGCUGUUGCUGCUGUAGCACAAGCAGAUGAGGAAGAGGAAGAGAUCGACGAGACCGGAAUCGAGCCUCGGGAUAUCGAUUUGGUCAUGACACAGGCAGGAGUUUCAAGGGCCAAGGCUUGCAAGGCCCUCAAGACCCACAGUGGCGAUAUUGUCAGUGCUAUCAUGGAGCUCACCACUUAGAAAGGGGUUCUGUGCACCAGCUCUGCUUUUUUGGUUCUAGUUUAGAACGCUUCUCUCAGAAAAUGAGUUAUCUAUUUGUUUCGUCAUUUGCGAAGAACUUGGAGUGUUUGCUUGCAGUGUUUUUAGUAAAACUAAAACCGAGUUAUAGACAGGCAAUUUGUGUCCCCUCUUUUAUAUCACCUGAAUGCCACCAUGUUGCCUUGAUGAG